GAUCGAUCUAUCACCAUGGGAGAUAUUCAAGAAGGUGAUAAUGUUUUUAGACCUCCAUUAUUAUGCGGCCAUGAUUAUACUUUUUGGAAGUGUCGAAUGAGAGCCUUUCUCAAGUCUCUUGGUGGACAGGUUUGGAGAAGCAUAGAGGUUGGAUGGUCAGCUCCUACUAUGACCAAUGCAGAUGGAGAACUAAUUCAGAAACCUUAUGAAAGAUUAAGCAAGAAAGAGAAGGAUGCUGCAGAAUCGAAUGAUCAGGCUUUGAAUGCAAUCUUCGGAGCGGUUGUAGGAAUCAGUUCCGUCUUAUCUCAAAUUGCACAGAGGCCAAGAGAGCUUGGGACAUUUUUCUUAUUACUCAUGAAGGCACUACUACAAGAGUUGGCAAAUGAGGCUGAAAGGCUUGGUGAACCAAUUACAGAAAACAAACUGGUGUUGAAAGUGCUACGGUCUCUUCCAGAAAAAUACUCUAUGGAUGUUAAAGCUAUUAGACAAACACAAUCUCUCAAUGUUAUGUCUCUUGAUGAACUGAUGGGAAACUUAGAAACCAUUGAGUUGGAGAUGCAUGAAGAUCUACAACGUAAAAAGCAGCAUGUCAUCCUCGUUGAAAAAAAGAAGCAGUGUGUUAAAGACAGUGCUGAAACAUGUUGUGCUUUUCCAACUUUCCAUAGUGUUGACGGUGACUCUGAUAGUGACGUAGAUCCAAGGGAGAUGCUUAUAAUUGUUGAAGAAAAAUUUCAAGAGUCUCUACGGGUCAACAAGAAAAAAUGUUUGGAAAAUGAUAGCCUCAAACGUGAACUUGCUGAAUCAAAACGCGAUGUGGAACAACUCAUCAAAGAGUUACAGAGAUACAAAGAUCCAAGGGAGAUGCUUAUAAUUGUUGAAGAAAAAUUUCAAGAGUCUCUACGGGUCAACAAGAAAAAAUGUUUGGAAAAUGAUAGCCUCAAACGUGAACUUGCUGAAUCAAAACGCGAUGUGGAACAACUCAUCAAAGAGUUACAGAGAUACAAAGGUAAAGUUACAGUAGAGGAUGACACAGAGGAUGAUACAGAAGAUGACACAGAGGUUGACACAGCAGAAGAGCUAGCUAUUCUCCAAAGAAAGUGGGUAGAACUUGUUCAAGCCAACCAGAAAACUGUUCUGGAGAACCAUCAGCUUGUUGCCGACCGCAAUAGACUAAAGGAGAGUAUUUCAGAACUAGAAAAGAAGAUUGAAUACUUAGAAGGGCAACAAUCAGAUCUCAAAUAUGAAUUAAAUCAACUCAAAAACUUUCACAAGUGGAUGAGAAGUGCUGGAGCAAAAGCUAUUGAGGAACAAGUGAACGUUUCAAAAUUUUCUGGAGACAAGACGGGUCUCGGAUUCUCAGGUUCCGAAAGAAAUCAGACCCCACUGGACUUGUUUGUUGAUCGAAGAAAGGAAAUUGCUCAAAAAGUUCCACAAGGAAGGAAAACAGAAGCUGCUGUAUCUGCUGGAACAUCUUCUGCCAAACCCGCUGAAGCAUCUCAUGAAGCUUCUGCUGGAACAAUUUAUGCAGCACCCUAUGCAAAAAGGCAAAGAGUUGUGACACAAUCUAGUAUGAGAAGACACAAGGAUCAUUAUGCUAAACCUGAAAGGUAUUCUUAUACUAAUGUUUAUGCUAAUUAUGUUUGUUUUUGCUGUGGAAAAAGAGGACACAUUCAAAGGAAAUGCAAGAUUUUUAAAGAGCAAAGAUAUAGGAAAAAGAAUGUGACAACAAGGAUGAUUUGGGUAGCUAAGAAUCAGUACAAAACAGGUGAUAAUCCUUGUGUGAAGGAUGUUGCUUCUGAUCAAUGCCAUGUUAGUAGUGCAAGCUUGCAUCAAGAAGAAAAGAAAACAAAUCGUUGUGCUGUUAAGAGUGCUGAAUCAUCUCAUAAGUGUGAUGAAGUGACACGUCCUAGUCAUGAGAGUGAGAAGUUUAUGACUAUGAAAAAACGAGCAUUGGGCAUGUGUAAAAGAGCAUUUGAUGGGAAUCGGUUUGGUAUACUCAAAUCCCGCUUGGGUCUAUGCACACCCAUCUCUACCUAAUUUAGAUGAUGCUCUAAGAGGUGUUUCAUCUCCAGCGUGGAAUACCUUAGAGCAUAGAUGUUUUGCUGGUUGUAUACAUGUUUUUCUUGCAGAUUGUUAAUAUUCAUUAUUGUAAUGCUCAAGCUCGCUUGAAUGUCACUCUUCUCUUUUUGCCCCAAUAUUCUUAAUAAAAUCUUUGGCAUUUU